ACAAAAUAUAUUUUUUUACGGAAGUGUAUUUUCUUAUACUUUAGAGAUAAAACGGAAACUUCUUUGAACGUUAAUGGGCGGUAAGUUAGGAACAUGUCACUACAAUUGUGUGUAGUUUCGCAACAUUGACGACAAGUGUUGGUCAUGAAAUAAUUUUGACACGCUUUUUUAAAUGUUCAAAUAACGAGUAAAUCCUGAAAUCUAGUGUGGCGUCGCUUCCUACAAGGGUUUGUCUAGACCUAUUUGUUUAUAGAUGACGGUGUCAAGUGUCACAUUUCAUCAGAAGUGAAAUAGGCUAAUUCAUAAUUUUGAAUUUAAGUUUAAUAGUAUUAUUUCAGCUGAUGAGCAUGUGUUGGUUUUUCUUUUUAAAAAUCUGUAGAAAUUGUCAUUUCCAGGGGGAAAAGGACCUCUUCCCUUUCCUGAUAGUGUUUCUGUUGUUCUGUUCAAAGUAGUUUAUCCACUUUCAAUCCACCGACAAUGAAAGGUGCAGACUACAUAUUCAUCCAUUCAUUCAAGGCCAUGAAUACCUAAAGCAUAUAGCCACCCUCUGUAUGAUGAAACCAAAUAUUAUUUUAUUCUGUAUUCGUACAUCAUGUGUCUUUUUUUGUCACAUCACUUUUAAAGCCUUUGACAAGAUGUUCUUCAGAGACUGAACUGUGUGGAAAGCCAACGUUAGUCUCAGUGUUCACAUUCACUAUAUUCUUUCCCCAGUGAGGAGCAGCUGCCAGGAUGAUCCCAGUGGGUGAAUUCAAAAACUUUGGUGUAGAGCAGAACUCUAAGUAUCGUGUCCUGAAGCCGUGGUGGGAUGUUUUCUCAGAGUACCUGUGCGUUGCUAUGCUUAUGCUUGGAGUCUUUGGGUGCACCUUGCAGCUCACUCAAGACAAGAUUGCAUGCCUGCCCAGCCACUUCACCAGCCCCACGCCUGAAGCCAUUGACUGCAGCCACAUCCGGAGCUACAGGGAAAAUGAGACGUCCAUGCAGACGUUAGUCAAUCCUGCAAAGCCCAUCAUCACAGAAGUGUCCGGUCGCAAAAACAACCUGGACAUUCACCAGUAUGUGUUUGUCAACCACUACUGCUACGAGAGGUUUGUCCACUGGUAUGCAAAGUACUUCCCGUACCUCGUUGUGAUCCACACCAUGAUCUUCAUGGUAGCAAGCAGCUUCUGGUUCAAGUUCCCUGGGACAUCUUCCAAGAUUGAAAUCUUUGUUACAAUCCUUGGGAAGUGCUUUGACUCUCCCUGGACCACGCGGGCCCUGAGUGAGGUUUCUGAGGAAAGAGGAGAGGAGAAACUGGUCAAUUGGAGAAGGAACACCAUGUCAAAAGAUCCCCCAGAACGACGAGCAGAUGAAGAAGAGACUGUGGUGCUUCUUCGCUCCUCCUCUGUCAAGUCGAAUCCAGAAAAGAAAAGCAUGGAGCCCCAGUCGGCCGCCUCUGUCUUGGAUAAGAAGGAAGGCGAGCAGGCCAAAGCUUUGUUUGAAAAGGUGAAGAAGUUCAGGACUCAUGUAGAGGAAGCAGACAUCUUGUAUGUCAUGUAUGUGCUACAAACGUCCCUGAAAGUCUUCAAGUUUCUUAUAAUCAUCAUCUACACUGCAGUGCUGGUACCAAACAUUGAGAUUGUAGUGCGCUGUUUUGUUCCUCCUGAGCUGACUGGGUUUGAUAUCUUUUGCUGUAACCACAACAAAGCCCAUCUUUUCUCCAAGCUUGCUUACUGCUAUAUCUGCUUUGUGGGCGUGUUUGGACUUCUCUGCAUCUACACCCUUUACUGGCAGUUUCACAGACCUCUGAAGGAGUACUCCUUUGAGCAGGUCCGCCUAGAGACGGGCAUUAACGACAUACCGGACGUGAAGAAUGACUUUGCAUUCCUCCUGCACCUUGUGGACCAAUAUGAUGCUCUGUACUCUAAAAGAUUUGCCGUCUUUCUCUCUGAGGUCAGUGAGAGCCAUCUUUAUCAGUUAAACCUCAACUACGAGUGGACCGCUAAAAAGCUGCGUUCACGCCUCACCAGGAACGCCAAAAACCAGUUGGAGCUCCACCUGUUAAUGUUGCCGGGGCUCCCCGACACAGUCUUUGAGAUUACCGAAGUGGAAUCACUCAAGUUGGAACAGGUUAAAAACGUCACCAUCCCAGCUAGUGUGGCAAAGCUUGAAUCUCUGCGGGAGUUAUCCCUGAUCUUCUGCCCUGCAAAGCUCCAGCUGCCAGCCCUUAACCACUUCAAGGCACAUUUAAAGGUCCUGUGUCUGGAUUUUGAAAGUUUAGAGGAUAUUCCUAUGUGGAUGUACACUCUACAGAGCUUGGAGGAGUUACAUUUGAAUGGUCCUUUAACCAAUGAUGUGUCCAAAAGUGCCUCUUUGGAUUCCCUCCGAGAGCUUAGAGCGCUGAGAGUCCUCGCUCUCCGCUCAAACCUCACAAAGAUCCCUCCCAGCAUAGUGGAUGUUGCAUUGCAGCUGCAGCAUUUGUGCAUCCACAACGAAGGUGCAAAGCUCCAAGCCUUUAGCAGCCUGAAGAAAUUAACCAACAUAGUCUCGCUGGAGUUAGUGGGCUGCGAGUUGGAGCGCAUCCCAAGUGCUGUCUUCAGUUUGAACAAUCUGCAGGAGUUGGACCUGAAGGAAAACAAACUUUCAACUGUGGAGGAGAUUUUGAGCUUGCAGCACUGCCGCCGUCUAGUGACACUAAAACUGUGGCACAAUAAAAUUGCUUACAUCCCUGACCAUAUCAGUAAGCUGCACACCCUGGAGAUGCUAGACGUCAGCUGGAACAAGAUUCCAAAGCUUCCCUCUCGGCUGUUUUACUGCACCAAAAUCAGGCACCUCGAUGUCUCCCACAACCAGCUCACCUCACUUCCUCCUGAAGUGGGCAUCCUGCAGGGCCUCCAGUACUUCUCUGCUGCCUUUAACUCUUUAGAGAUGCUGCCAGAUGAGCUGUUCUCCUGCAAAAGACUAAAGACAUUGGCUCUUGGAAACAACUGCCUGUCGUAUCUCAGCUCCAGAGUUUCCAGCCUGGUCCAGCUGGUACGGCUGGAGAUUAAAGGGAACCGUCUGGAGUCUCUACCUGUGGAGAUAGGGGAGUGUCCCCUGCUGAGUCUCAGUGGACUGAUAGCGGAGGACAACCUGCUGGAUCUGAUGCCUGCAGAUGUGCGGAGCAGGUUGACUUCUUCUAGCUGAGUUUGUGGCUAAAUGAUGCCACGGACUUGUCUUUUCUCAGUGUAGUAUGGUGGGCUGACUUGCUUUCAGAAAAGGGACUUUUAAUCCAUGCCACUGGAUGGUGGAAUUUCUCCUAAAAUAGCAUGAAAAGGGAAACCAAAACUGACUACUAGGAUACCCAAACACUGGAAAACGUAUUUAUAAUAACUGUUAUCAUGACAUGGGUGUUCAAAUCUGUGUCAAUGAUCGAAAAAUCUUACUUAAAGUUUUACUAUGCAUUUUUUAAAUGAAUAUUUUACUAAGUUUAUGUGACCUGUUAAUACCUUACUUACUUGGAUGUUUUAUGUUGCUUGUUUUAUUAGUGUGUAUACACAGUGAUAAUAACAGACAUAUUUUAAAUUCAGGGACAGUUUGCUAAUACUGUGGACAAGACAAGUAUUCAACAACGAGAAAGGCUUGACCUUCAACUUGUUCUACACCAGCGUUUCCAGUGUUUACUGAAUAUUUUGUAGAUUCUUUAGAGCUCAACUCAAGGGAUAGCUAACCACGCUGUAUCCUGUUGGACAGGUUUCUACAGCCCUGAAAAGUUUUUCCCACAGUGCACUGGCUCAUGUUGCUCCCUUUUAGGCACUUGACGGUGGAAGGAGAAAAAGCCUUUCAGCAGAAUAAAAGGUAUUAAUUUCACUGUUUAUAUAUUCACAUGGGAUUAUGAAUCAGAAGUCUGUGUGAAACUUAUUAUGCAUAAGGUCAUAUAAUAAUGAACAAAGAGGCGAUGAAACCACUGCAGUUUAAAAUGCAUUUUGUACGAGUAUUAUAUUGUCCUUGGUUAUGGGUGAUACGUUGAACAAAAUACAUUCUUCCUUAUUUUUCACUCUUUAUUUUUUACUUGCUUUUUUAGCCCAAUUAGACGUUUACAGUAAAAUAUUGGAAAAUAUUUCUUGUUGAUCUAAUUGCGUAUUUCGCACAUCAUACUGUGGGGCAAACAAUUUGAAGAACACACUGAAACAGGAAAAUAAAAUGCAUUAAAAGUC